AGUGAUUCAUUCUAGAAAGCUAAGCGUGUUCGAGCUGCAUCAUGAUACCGCGGGUUCGCGUUUUAAUUAUUCUCUUGCUUUGUUUGGAAACAAACGGAAUAAUCGAAGACCAUCUUUACGUCGCUGAACACAACGGCCGAAAGAUUGGAUUGGUUAUGACGUCACAGAUGGAUCGUAUUUGUUUUGUUGAAGGAAUAUUCGAGAUUUGGCAACCGCGGUUGGAUGGGUUCGGUGGCUUCAAGAUACUUGGCCAACAAACCGAACAGACGUUGGGGUCGUCCAUGCUUAUCAUGAAAGACUUACAGGGCGGGGGAAUCGUUGCUCCUUCAUACGGAUAUCAGAAAUGGGACGAUCACUUCUCCGAUCUUGAGUUUUGGUUCUACCAGCUGUACUGUCCCCCUGGAUAUUUCUCCUUGAGUGACUUCGCUCACCAAAAGAAUAAAUAUGAUUGGCAGAACGAUUACGCUUGCGUUCAUCAGGAUUUCGUGGAAAAUGCGACGAUCGGGAAGAAAUAUUGGGACAGCAAGGGCGACACCAUGGGACGAGAAGUCGACUUGUGGUCCAUCAACCCACAAAUCCCAACAACAACAACAACAAUAACAACCUACAACCAAUCCAACCACGUGAUCAACGUCACCCAAGUUCUUCUACAGGAUAUGACGUCAAAGUUCUUUGCAGCGACGCACAAUAGUGAUUACGUCACAGAGAAAUUUCAUGUUCUAACAAUCAAAAAUCUAUCAACGAUUCUUCCGUCACAAACAACCACCCUAUCACCCUCAACCGUCGUAACAACAAGGAAACAAACCGAACAAAAUCCUUCAGAAACAUCUGGCGCCACCCGUGUGACAAGUAUUGUUGACGUCAUAAACACCAGGAACCGCAGCUUCGUGUACAUCACUCCACCACGUUGUAUUGAAUGUCAUCCUGUGUACGCUGAAUGUUGGUGGGUGGACGAUAAGAGGGUUUGUUUGUGUUGGCCGGGGUAUUUGUUCAACAACAACACUUGCAAAGGGGCUGAUUCUUUUAUCGACCCCGAGAUGAAACGAUUACAAAACUCGACCAUCGUCGAUUACAUUGAUGGUUAUGAACGGUUGGCGUCGGAUGUUCGUUACGUACAUGGGGGUGUGGGGAAUGUGACGUCAUGGGGUUACGUCACAAUGAACAUUGUUAGCGUUCCAAUGAAAGGGGAUGUUACCGAUGGUGGUAUGACGUCAAUGGAGGUAAACCUGGACGGUGAUCAUCUACGUAACUAUGACGUACACAAAGUACAAUGGGGGACUGGUGACGUCAGUAAAGAUAGUUGUUCGCUAGUGGCGAUAGAGAGUUCAUUCGAUAUGACGUCACAAGUCACCAUGGCGACACAAGUGGGGGGAACCUUCGAAUAUUAUUUAAUCAACUCAACCUGGCUUGAUGUGACGUUGCUUGAUUACGUCACCAAUGACGUCAUUCCAGCGACGGGUGUCGUCAUCUCCUAUGACGUAUCGAAUGACGUAACCCUACAAAAGAUUGAACAAGAACAUUAUAAAGAACACCAAGACAGGUAUGGAUCGUUCCUACAUGCCCAACAACGGGUGAAAUCGUUCAAGUAUCGAUGUGUGUAUCGCGACACCAAGCGAGGGGUGUGGUCGGGUGAAGGUUGCCGCACGGUGUCGCCCGAAAGCAAACACAGUGUGACGUGUAAAUGGAGCCAUGCAACAAUGUUCUCCGUUAUUUUGUCGGUUGAAUUUCUGACGGUAUCUUAUAAUUUGCAGAAAUUUUCGAUCGUUUGCGAAUCGCUGUCGGUGGCGUCGCUCAUGGCGACCGUGAUUAUCCUCCUACUGGUACGUCAUAAUCUCCAUAGCGACAGAACAAUGGUCCAGAUCAAUUUAUCCCUUUCUGUGUUGGGGCUUCAUUUGUUCGCCCUUGCGAGCACAGCGGCCACUACGUCACCAGCAGCGUGCGAGGUCGUCACCGUGUUUAUUCAUUUCUGUUUGACGUCAUCAGUUUGCUGGAUGUUUGUCGAAGCUUUUCUGCUUUACUUGAAAACUGCUCCAGGGAAUCUAAGGUUCGCUGCUUACUCGGAGUCGAGGCCUGGGGCAUUGCAUCGGGUCCUCUACAUGUUCGGGUUGUGCUUCCCGCUUGUUCUUGUUAUAGUGGCUGCUUCGGUUGGAUUUACAUACGACGUGUAUAUGGAUUACUCGCCAAGCUAUCUUGACGCAUUGGAACGGCAGAGAAUGUGCAAUAUCACACAAGGGGAACCACCCACACAGGAUAAAUACCAACGAUGUUGGUUGAGUGUGGGAUCAAAGAUGGUGUUGUGGGCAGCUGUGGUCCCAAUUGCUCUCAUACUUACCAUAAACUUGUGCAUACUUAUCCGUACAACAUCGUUGAUAUGGAAACUACGACAACAAGCGCUAUCUUACAAACCUUCAGUGAAAUACCCGAGUGAGCAACGACGGUUGAGUAUCUUGAACAUGGCGGCCACAGCAAGGGCAUUGUUUCUUUUACUUCCAAUCCUUGGUAUACCAUGGGCGGCUGCGUUCCUUGUCAACGCUGGCCAAGACACCGAGGUCUUCAUGUACAUUAACGCUGGUUUAAACGGUCUACAAGGAGUGUUUAUGCUUGUCGUAUAUUGUCUCGCUAAGCAAGAUGUUACAAACGCCCUGAAACGAAGAUUUCAAAGGCUUUGACAACAAAGAACUUUAAUUGUAAUAAAUUUGUAAACUAUAGUUCCUACAUUUAAGCCAAGU